CGCUUCGAUGACCUUAGCAGCACAAAGGGACAAAUGUAUACAUAGCUGGAGCAGGAUCUGAGGAGCAGUUGAUGGGCGGCACACUCUCGAGCCGUUCUGCGAUAUGUACGCGGGCCCAUGCAAGAAUGUGCUGAAGCAUAAGCUGUAUUCGCCUGCCUUUCGUUCCCAGCUCAUAUACCGGUGUUGGUCCUGCUCUCCUCGACUGUCUGCGAAAAGGAGCCGGCUUCCGACAUACGCCAAACCAGCCACACCAAAGACUCCUGGUGCAGUGCUCGAGACAGUGGCUAAAUCGGAGCCGAGUCUGAGAAACGAUGGUUCCUACUACAUCUCGCCUGACCUUGCCAGUGCACUGCAUGGCUUGGGCUUCUUUUCAAUCCCGGCUGUCGUGAAGGUGCUUCGGCGUCUCUGCCAGGAGCUGAAGAAACUUCCUCCUGCAAGCGCCUUAGUAUCUGCAACCACACAACAGAGGUUCAUCCAGCUAUCCGAGGAAGCUCUGGGCUCUGCUGAGGUGGCUCUCAUGCGUGAUCCACAGGUUCUACGGAAGGCGUUCCAUUCGCUGGGCCAGAAUUCAUUUCACACGCAAAAUCGCAAGGGCGAUGAAGGCUGUGAUGCCUUACGGAUGGCUUUCUUUGCAGGAGAGGCCGACGCGGGGGUGGAUGCUGCAGCGGCUGAGAUCGCUCUGGGUAGCGCACUGGGUCGGCAAGAGGCUCGUCUUUCCCCACGAAUUUCCGACUUCAUCAAAGCAAAAGCAUUGGCGAGGAGUGACUGGGUAGCAAUGUUGCUAUACUUGGAUGAAACGUCCAGGAAGACCGGCAGCGAAGUAGUUGCGCAAGAGAAUUACGAGCUCGCCAAAGAUUUGGUUGACAUGGUCGAGCCCAGCAAGAAGCUCCGUCGUCAGAACUCGUCUCUCCUACAGCAUCACAAAUUGCCAUGGAGGGUUCUUCAUGACGCAGCAGAGUCCUAUCUACCUUACCUUCGUGAAGGUGCAGUUUACGACCAAGUCCGGUCGGACCUUGAAAAUGCUAUUCGAGACGGGCUUUUCAAGUACUCCGAUCUUUCAGCUGCUCCCCUCGCAUUGCGUCAACCGGGUGUAAUCGAGAAGAACUCAAAGGAGUGGGUUGAGCUUGCCACGCAGUCUUCCAGCGCCGGCGAUCCGGACUCUUCUCUGCAACUGGCUUUCUACCACCUCCGCAAAGAUGGAUGGCGUCCUGCGGAGGCGAAUAGGAAACCUCGAGAUUGGACCGGCAUUGAGUGGCUCGCUGUCAGCGCCGCUCUGUCGACUCCCGAAACGGGAGUUAUGGCAGCAAAGUAUCUCGGGUUAGCCCACCUCUUGCGUGAACACGGCUAUGUGGACGAGGGUAUUUCGUGGAUUGACUUCGCAAAGGAGAGUAUGGGCGAGGCCGGGCUAGAUCCCGACAACAGGUGGCACGACUAUUUCAGCGACUUCCAGCAGGCUUGGAGGGACACGGACGGUUCACUGAAGAGAUAUGAGAAAUCCAGUGAGGAGUUUCUUGCGCAGUUGGAGCGGACCUAGUGGGUAGCAACUGUGCUUCAGAGUGUGUGAGAUCUUGACCUACCAGUCGGCCAGUCGACAAUGGGAGGAGACUUGCUGUCUAUAAGGUGUAUGUGUUGCGACAACAUGAAACGACCUUCGCGCAGCCAGCGGUCCACUCGAGAUAUUCUGCGCCGAACAAACCGCGGACUUCGCGUUUGGUUCAACCACAAAUCCAUCUCGAAAAUACCAGUCCUGGACAAUAGCAAUAGCACCAGCACCAGCACCAGCGUCGAAUCCGUCUCCGAGACUGAAGAAAUGUUCCAGCCGUGGAAAUUGAUCAGUCUAGGCAUGGCAACGUCUUGGGACGGGCCGCCUUUGGGCAGAACAACCAAAGAAAGGAGAUGGCCAGGAUCAUGAUCACGAUCACGUUAACCGCAUGUCUCUUGUUCCUUGUAAUGAUAUUAGACUCGAUCGGGGGCGCGGCCCGGCGAGAUCCAAAAGCUUGCUGUUAACGUUUUAUCGUUGCGAUGUCUAUAUGUACCGUGUACCUAAUGUCUCUACCAGAACUCUCUCAUCUCUGAUAGCUUGCCUUGCUCGUUGCGUUGGGUAUACC